AAGUAAAGUUUUCAAGUCGCCGUGGAUUCCACGGCUUGCUUUCAUUCACGCCCACUAUUUCCACCUGGCGAUCUCCCAACAACAGCUUUCAUUCAAAAAGGGCAGAGAUUCGCCCUUCGAGCGGGGCCGCCUCCCUCCCAGAACCUAUGGGCGUCCCGACCCCGCCCCGGCCGCUGAACAGCUGUGCUCCCGGUACCUCAGAAAACAGCCGAACUCCUUUCGCCUCAGAUGAGCUGAGCAUAGUCCACGCACGCCUUGGCAGCCUCCAAACGCCUUCUGGAGCGUCCGUGCGCUCCCGGCGCCAGACUUUGUUGCGACUCCCCGCCCGCUCGCCACGACCUCCGAGGGCACUUAGGCCGCCACCUCCAGCUUAGCCUCCACUUAGGCUCCACGUCCGGGAUGGAAGGCGCGGCUGUGAGCGUGGAGCCCGCGGGCCCCUCUUGCUGGGACGAGCCGCUGCACAUAGCCGUGCGUGGCCUGGCCCCCGAGCAGCCGGUCACGCUGCGCUCGGCCCUGCGCGACGAGAAGGGCGCGCUCUUCCGCGCCCACGCGCGCUACCGGGCUGAUGCCCGCGGCGAGCUGGAACUGACGCGCGCGCCCGCGCUGGGCGGCAGCUUCGCGGGGCCCGAGCCCAUGGGGCUGCUCUGGGCGCUGGAGCCCGACAGGCGCUUUUGGCGGCUGACCAAGCGGGACGUGCAGACGCCGUUCGUAGUGGAGCUGGAGGUGCUGGACGGCCACGACCCUGAGCCGGAGCGGGUGUUGACCCGCGCGGUGCUGGAGCGCCACUUCCUGCGGCCGGGGGUGCGGCGAGAGGCGGUGCGCGCGGGCCGGGUGCGGGCCACGCUCUUCCUGCCGCCAGGACCUGGACCCUUCCCAGGGGUCAUUGACAUCUUUGGUGUUGGAGGGGGCCUCAUGGAAUAUCGAGCCAGCCUUCUGGCUGGCCAUGGCUUUGCCACAAUGGCGCUAGCUUUUUAUAACUUUGAAGAUCUCCCUAAGGAAUGUGACAGCAUAAACCUGGACUACUUUGAAGAAGCUCUGUGCUACAUGAUUGAACACCCCCAGGUCAAGGGUCCAGGCAUUGGGCUUCUGGGUAUUUCUCUAGGAGCUGACAUUUGUCUCUCAAUGGCUUCCUUCUUGAAGAAUGUCUCAGCCACAGUUUCCAUCAAUGGAUCUGGGUUCAGUGCAAAUAUACCCAUACGUUACCAACAGACCAGCAUCCUACCAUUGGGCCAUGACCUGAGGAGAAUCAAGGUAGCAUUUUCAGGCCUCCUGGACAUUGUGGAUAUCCGGAAUGAUGUUGUAGGAGGGCAUGAGCAUCCCAGUAUGAUUCCAGUAGAGAAGGCCCAGGGGCCCAUCCUGUGCAUUGUUGGUCAGGAUGACCACAACUGGAGGAGUCAGUCAUAUGCCCAGUUAAUCUCAGACCGGCUACAGGCACAUGGAAAGCAAGGCCCACAGAUCAUCGCCUAUCCUGGGACUGGGCAUUACAUCGAGCCUCCUUUCUUCCCCAUGUGUCCAGCUUCCUUACACAGAUUACCAAACAAACCUGUUCUCUGGGGUGGGGAGCCCAGGGCUCAUUCUCUUGCCCAGGUAGAUGCCUGGAAACAGAUAAUAUCCUUCUUUGGCAGAUACCUUGGAGGUGCCCAGAUGAGACCUGCCCCUAAACUGUAAUGUAUUUUGUCUGAUGUUGACUUGGGAGACUCAAGGUCAGAUUCAAGCAUUCAGUAACUGUACAUGAGUCAUUUGUCUAUUGCAUAACACUAAAUUCAUAUCCUUACUAGUGUGUUUGGGUAACUUUAUUGAAAGGUUGGUUUUGCACCCCAGUUGUAGGCAACUGCCUAGAUUGCGUU